CGGUGUGUAGACAUUGUUUACCUGUUUGGACUACAAAACUGGGAGCAGAAUGCUUGCUGGAUCUCAUUUACUGGUUUUGAAGUCCUGUGGCCUGAUUAGCAAAGAAUCUGGGAGACCCUCUAGCCACGGAAUGGAGGUGGUGACCUUUGAGGAUGUGGUCGUGAACUUCAGCAAAGAGGAGUGGACUUUGCUGAGUCCAUCCCAAAAGAACCUCUACAGAGAUGUGAUGGGCGAAACCUUUAGGAACAUGGCUGCAAUAGGAGAACUUGGGGAUAUCCAGGAAGCUGAAAAAGAAUGCAAAAUUUACUGGAGAUACUUAAGAAAUGACAAGGUAGGGAAAUCCUAUGGACAUGCAUCUUGGAAUCAGUGUAAAGAAGUAUUCCUUCGUACUGCAGAAGGUAAUGUGAAUGUGAAAGAAGCAGAAACACACCACCAUGUUCAGAUCCAUGAAAAAUAUGGCAGUGGGGAGAAAUCCUAUGUAUAUCAGCAAAGUGGAAAAGGGUUCACAAAAUCUCGACAUUGUAAGCAACAUGAAAUACCUCACACUGGAUUGAAACCAUAUGUAUGUAAGAAAUGUGGGAAAGCUUUUAACACACGGGAAAAUUGCAAAAUACAUGAAAGAAUUCACACUGGAGAGAAACCGUAUGUAUGUAAGCAAUGUGGGAAAGGUUUUAACACAUGGGGAAUUUUUAAGAAUCAUGAAAGAAUUCACACUGGAGAAAAACCCUAUGUAUGUAAGGAAUGUGGGAAAGGUUUUAACCGACAUGGAAAUUGUAAGCAACAUGAAAGAAUUCACACUGGAGAGAAACUAUAUUUAUGUGAGCAGUGUGGGAAAGCUUUUAACACAUGGGCAAAUUGUAAAAUACAUGAAAGAAUUCACACUGGAGUGAAACCAUAUGUAUGUAAGCAAUGUGGGAAAGCUUUUAACACAUGGGCAAAUUGUAAAAUACAUGAAAGAAUUCACACUGGAGAGAAACCCUAUGUAUGUAAGGAAUGUGGGAAAGCUUUUAGCACACGGGCAAGUUGUAAAAUACAUGAAAGAAUUCACACUGGAGAGAAACCGUAUGUAUGUAAGCAAUGUGGGAAAGGUUUUAACACAUGGGGAAUUUUUAAGAAUCAUGAAAGAAUUCACACUGGAGAAAAACCCUAUGUAUGUAAGGAAUGUGGGAAAGGUUUUAACCGACAUGGAAAUUGUAAGCAACAUGAAAGAAUUCACACUGGAGAGAAACUAUAUUUAUGUGAGCAGUGUGGGAAAGCUUUUAACACAUGGGCAAAUUGUAAAAUACAUGAAAGAAUUCACACUGGAGUGAAACCAUAUGUAUGUAAGCAAUGUGGGAAAGCUUUUAACACAUGGGCAAACUGUAAAAUACAUGAAAGAAUUCACACUGGAGAGAAACCCUAUGUAUGUAAGGAAUGUGGGAAAGCUUUUAACACACAGGCAAACUGUAAAAUACAUGAAAGAAUUCACACUGGAGAGAAACCCUAUGUAUGUAAGCAAUGUGGGAAAGCUUUUAGCACACGGGCAAAUUGUAAAAUACAUGAAAGAAUUCACACUGGAGAGAAACCCUAUGUAUGUAAGCAAUGUGGGAAAGCUUUUACCCAACAUGGACAUUGUAAGCAACAUGAAAGUUCACACUCAAGGUAGAACCAGUGUAUAUAAGCAUCAUGAGAAUUUUUUGAGCACAAGUACAUAUUGUGUAAUGCAUGAAAAAUUUCACACUGGGCAGAAAACUUAUAUAUGUGAGGAAUGUGGGAAAGGUUUCAGCAGAAAUGCUCAUUGUCCAAUACAUGAAAAAAUUUACAAUGUUAAGAAACCCUGUUUAUGUGAAGAAUGUGGGAAAGCUUUCACCACACGUGGAUUUUGUAAAAUACAUCAAUGACUCCACUCUGGUAGAGAAAACCUAUUAUAUAACAAUGUGGCAAAUCUUUUACCACAUACAGUCAUUGCAAAACACAUGAAAGAAUUCACACUGGGAAGAACCACUGGCUACGUAAGCAAGUGGAGACACUUUCAGCAGCCAGAUUGUAAGUGAAAUAUGUGAAGAAGCUCACACAAGAGAUAAAUCCUAUGUGUUAUGAAAAUACUCUCAGCACACAUGAUCAUUUUUACAUAUCUGAAAGAGCUCACUUUAUCCUA